GGAACGGAGGGAGUAGUCAAAUACUACCUCUGUAACUUAAUAUAAGAUGUUUUUAACACUAUGACAGUGUCAAAAAACGCCUAAUAUUAAGUUACGGAGGGAGUAUUAACUUGGCCAUACGCUUGCAUGGUCCUUUCAGACAUAGUCACUACUCAAUUCAACACUCACAGGAAAGACCACUGGAAAAUGGUACACUGGCCCCUAGAUUUGUACAAAGUUCAGGCAACAUAUAUAAUAGUUCGAGCUAAAAGGAACAAAAAGUGGUGUACUCGAUAAUCUGCAUUAGAGUGUAUAUACAUGAGAAGCGCCCACAAAAAGAAAACCGCAUAAAAAUGGACAUUACUUGAGCAAGAAACUUGUGAGAACUGACACCAAUGAUGAUGCUUCAGGAAAGUUGGAGAAAGUCUAUUCAACCAGACCAGGCUUUCAGGAAUAACUUUAUGUGGAGAGAGCCUGCAGUGAUUCCAUUGUAAAGAAACUCUUGAACCACCACACCUACUGCAUCCUUCUCCUUGCUUCUUAGCUUGGCUUACCAUCUUCUCUAAAACAACCAUGCUCUGCCCCCCAAUAUAAGUACUCACCUGCUGGCCACACAAGAUGCUAGAAGCCAGGUAGACACUGAAACAGGAGUUUGAGCUGAGUAAUAGGGCCACCUCUCUUCUGUGUGCAGUAUCAAGCGAAAUGGACAACAGCAUGCCUGUAGUCAGUAAGAUGUAUUGCACAAGCACUCCAGCGGCGCUGAUGAUCAGGAGAAGACCCAUGGUAGUGAAUGGCGGUGGUUUUGUUGUUACUGACUUUAGUCAUAAUGUUGUUUUCAUCGUGGAUGGUUGUGGUAUACUUGGAUCUAAGGGAGAGCUCAUGGUGAAAGACAGUGAUGGACAACAGAUACUAUUCAUUUCUAGAAAGGGAGGAAUUGUACAGGUUCUAAGCACGCGGAACAAAUGGAAUGGGUACUCAAUGGAUUACCAAGGGAAAAACAAGUUGGUCUUUAGCCUAACUGAUCCCAAAUCAUGCAUAGCAAAAGGUGCACCGGUUAGAAUUCACAUUGAACCAAAGAGGCACUGCAAUAAUUGGGAUUUCGAGGUCUGUGGAUCUUUUGCAGAUAGGAACUGCACAAUAAUUGAUUGCACUGGAAAAAUAGUGGCGCAGAUGGGGAAGAAAGAGCUGAUAGAAAGUAAUGACUUCUACCACGUGACAGUGCAGUCAGGAUGUGACCAGGCUUUUAUCAUUGGGGUGAUGGCAGUUCUUGACAACAUCCAUGGAGAAUCCACCAGAUGUUAAUAAAAUGAAUGGGUGAAUAUGCUCACUUACAGCCACCUACUUUAGUCUUGAAGUAGAGGUCAAACGAAUGUAUGUCCACUGGCAAGUGACAACAUCCCACUGUAUCAGGCUAUCAGCUACACUGCAUAUUAGAUUUAGCCAGUUUUAGAAGUUGGCAAGUGAUUAAUUGAUGAUGUAGUAGUGCCAAGAGUUUAUUAUAUGAGCUUAACAUGUGUGCUGCUCAAUUAUUUCUUUGACAAACAGUGGUUCACACAACAAAGCAAAAGGAGCACACAAAAA